AUGGCGCCGCUGGCGAAGAGGCACAGGGAGGAAGGGGAGGCUGAAGAGGAGGGAGAUGAGGAAGAGGAGACUGCUGAGGAGGAAGUGGAGGAGGAAGAGGAGACUGCUGAGGAGGAGGAUGAGGAGGACGAGGAAACUGCUGAGGAAGAGGAGGCUGCUGAGGAGGAAGCAGAGGAGGAGGAAGAAGCUGCUGAGGAAGAUGAAGAGGUAGAGGAGGCUGCUGAGGAGGAGGAAGAAGAAGAGGAAGAGGCUGCAGAUGAGGAAGAGGAGGAUGAAGAGACAGCAGCAGAGGAAGACGAGGAGGAAGAGGAGGAGGAGGAGGAGGAGGAUGCUGACGAGGAUGCAGAGGACGCAGCCGAAGGUGAGGAAGAAGAGGAGGCUUCUGAGGAGGAAGAGGAGGCUAAUGAUGCUGAGGGAGAAGAGGAAGAGGAUGAUACUGCUCAGGAUGACUCUGAGGAAGACGAUGCAGCUGGAGCAGAGGAAGAUGACAAUGAGCCUGACACAACAGGAAACCAGGAUGACACAAGUGAAGAGGAAGCCGCCGCCGACGUGCUGGAGUUCCGCUCUGGCUCUCUGUGUAGCGUUUGCUCCAUCUGUGAGCACUGCUCUAAUAACUGUGACAAAUGCCCCUGUGAAGAGGGAGAUGAGUCGGAUCACUGUGAGCACUGCCAAGGAUGCUCAUCCUGCUUCCUUUGCCCCAUACUGUGUGACACCAUUUGCUCACCAGGUGGCCUUGUUGAUGAGAUAACUGGGUCCCUCUUUCAGACUGUCGCCUCUCUACUCUGAGCACCUCAGAGACUUUGUCCCUCGACGCUUUCCUGUGGUCACAUGAGGUACUGUGCUCAGGACCCAGAUCUGUCCAUGCCACUCAUACUGCACCUGCCACAAGAGGACUCCCUCAAGAGCUUGUCUGACAGCUGACAGAAAAACAAAAACCUAUUUAUGUGUUAACAUGUUUAGAUUUUUAACUACUCUUGCUAAAAGCUGAAAUAGACCGAUUAUAGAAUUUAAUUUAUUUUAUUUUAUUUAAUGACCUGCAUAUUGUACAUUUUCACUGCAAAAUGGCUGAUGAUAUAUUGCUGAGGCUGUGAUUUGUUUAGCUUAGUUUUUUUUUGUAGGAGCACUAUUGUAAAACAGUUUUAGCUGAACAGAAAUGUUUACAGGUCUAUGUUUGUGGCACUAGACAGAAUGUAGUCUAUUGCCACUCAUGUAACAUGUAAAUCUAACAUUUUACAGGAGAAGUCCUUUGAGUUUGCAAAUGUUCUGGUACAAUCUUACACAUGUUGUUGCUCUGCACUGUUACAGAUUUUCACCUGUUAAUAAACUUCUCCUUAUCUGUAAAAAUG